AUGUUUUUGCCUUAUGAUGCUAGCAAGAUCUUAAAAAUUCCCCUUAAUUAUAAUCUCCCCGAAGACAAACUUAUUUGGAUUGGCAAUAAGCGAGGGGUCUUUACUGUCAAAAGUGCAUACCACAUUGCUUCUUCCCUUGUGGACUCAAAUGAGGUUGGGGAGUGUUCCUCAUCAAAUUCAAAAACGCUGCUGUGGAAAAGGAUUUGGAGUCAAAAAGUUCCUCAAAAACUCAAAAUUUUUGCUUGGCGUCUUUGUGUCAAUGGCCUUCCCACUAUGUUCAAUUUAAGUCACAGGGGUAUUCAUUGCUCAAGUUUCUGCCCUCUUUGCGACACGGCUGUUGAAUCCACUGCCCAUGCUCUCUUCCUUUGUGAUCAUGCUAAGCUAACCUGGACAUAUUGGCACAAUUGUCCAGUUGAUGUACUUCACUCAGCCAGAGAUCCUAUGGACAUUGUUCUUGACUUUAUUGAUAAAGGUUCCCCAAAUGACCUGGAACUUUUCUUUGCAGUGGCUUGGUCCAUCUGGUGGAACCGCAAUCAAGCUAUUUUUGAUGACUCUGGCACUCCUCCAGGGCAGGUUUGGGAGAUGGCAAAUAGAACACUGGGCGAGUACAAAGCUGCUUGCACCCUCCCUGUUUUUUCUCCGCCUCCUUCCCCAUCGGUUUGGCAAGCCCCUCCCCCGGGUUUCUACAAGGUUAAUGUUGAUGGCGCUGCUUUUGAUGAUGAUAGACCCUCUUGUAUUGGUGUAGUGAUUCGCGACUGUUUGGGCUCUCUCAUUGCAGCGUCAAGCAAAGUCCUACAGACGGCUUUCUCUGCAGAAACUACUGAAGCUUUGGCGCUGCAAGAAGGGGUGCUGCUUGCUUCAGCUAUGGGAAUCUCUCAUGUCCUUGUGGAGUCCGAUGCCCUAUCAGUUAUUCAGGGUAUUUCUAGCUGUGAUACCGGCAGUGAACAGGGGCACAUCAUUCAGAACAUCAAAGAUGUCUCCUCCUCCUUCACCUGGUGCUCUUUUCAGCAUUUGAAAAGGAGUGGCAACAGAGCAGCCCAUGAUUUAGCAAGAGCUGCCAGCUCCUCUGGUGUCUCCCGGAUUUGGAAGGAUAUGUGUCCAAGUUUUGUGAGGCAUGUAAUCUUAGAGGAUUGUGGCUUGUAG